AUGGCCAAGCAGUACGACGUGCUGUUCCGGCUGCUGCUGCUCGGGGACUCGGGCGUGGGCAAGACCUGCCUGCUCUGCCGCUUCACCGACAACGAGUUCCACCCCUCGCACAUCUCCACCAUCGGGGUCGACUUCAAGAUGAAGACCAUAGAAGUGGAUGGUAUCAAAGUGCGAAUACAGAUCUGGGACACGGCGGGCCAGGAGCGGUACCAGACGAUAACGAAGCAGUACUACAGACGAGCCCAGGGGAUAUUCUUGGUCUACGACAUCAGCAGCGAGCGCUCCUACCAACACAUCAUGAAAUGGGCCAGCGACGUGGACGAGUAUGCGCCAGAUGGGGUCCAGAAGAUCCUCAUCGGGAACAAAGCGGACGAGGAACAGAAGAGACAAGUGGGCAGGGAACAAGGCCUGCAGCUGGCUAAGGAGUAUGGGAUGGACUUCUACGAAACAAGUGCCUGCACCAACUUCAACAUUAAGGAGUCCUUCACCCGGCUGACGGAGCUGGUCCUGCAAGCUCACAAGAAGGAGCUGGACGGGCUGCGCUCGUAUGCGGCGGACGAACUGAACUUGGCCGAGCUGGAGGAGGAGGAGUGCAAACCCGAGGGGGCGGAGAACUCUCCCAAAGCCUGCUGGUGCUGA